UUUGCCUUUGGCGUACUGGCAAACUCCUCACAACAGUGUCUACUCUCAAAGAUGGCAGAUCAAUUUGUGUUGUAUUAUCAUGUGACGGUGAAAAGCUCUCGUUGAUAAGGCGGUACGUGCGUAAACUGUCGUAGAUUUUCUUCCUGUGGAAGGAUCGCAUUCCACAACGUCGAAAAUCGGCACGAUGGCGGACAUGAAGAGUCCACCGUUUAGUGAUAUUAAGAGACCGGAGGAGGUGGUGGCGAUGGCGAUGAACGACAGCUUGAAAUUCGCCGUCCUGAUCGGGCUGAUUGAAGUGGGACAGGUGUCUAAUCGGGAAGUUGUCAACACGGUGCUUCAUUUGGUACGUAUAAAAGAGAGACGUCGGAAACAGAUGCCCUUUUCAUGGGAUAACGUGAGUGGGUGGUGAAAAUGCUGCCGAAAUCAUGCAUUAACGCAGGCUCGUUUGUAUACUCUGUAAACGAACGUAGAAUGCAAAUAAAACGUUUAUCACACUA